AUGGCAUCAAAUCCUGAAAACAGCCUCUCCACUUAUGAGGGCAACCCUCGGAUCAUUCACAGGGAUAUCAAGUCGUCAAACAUUCUUUUAGAUUUCAAUUGUGAAGCAAAGGUCUCAGAUUUUGGGCUAGCCAAAUUAGCUCUGGAUGCAAAUACGCAUAUUACCACACGAGUUAUGGGAACUUUUGGGUAUGUUGCCCCCGAAUAUACUUCAAGUGGCAAAUUGACUGAGAAGUCUGACGUAUAUUCUUUUGGAGUCGUGCUUUUGGAGCUAAUUACUGGGCGAAAACCAGUGGAUGUAUCCCAACCUUUGGGAGAUGAAAGCUUGGUUGAAUGGGCUCGGCCUUUGCUGAGUCAUGCAAUCGAUAGUGAGGAAUUGAUUAGUUUGGCAGAUCCAAGGCUAGAAAAGAAUUAUGUUGAGAGUGAAUUGUAUUGCAUGAUUGAGGUUGCUGCUGCUUGUGUGCGGCAUUCAGCUUCAAAGAGACCUCGCAUGGGACAGGUUGUUAGAGCUUUUGAUAGCUUAGGAGGUACUGAUCUAACCAAUGGAAUGAGACUUGGGGAAAGCGAAGUGUUUGACUCUGCACAGCAAUCUGAAGAAAUAAGAUUAUUCCGUAGGAUGGCAUUUGGUAGUCAAAAUUAUAGCACAGACUUCUUUAGCCAUGCUAGUUUGAAUCCAUGA